CGCAUAAGCAAAGGUUCCCUUGGAGAAAUAAAUAAGCUUUGCCCAGGUGGAGCUUAGUCGCUACUCGGACUCAGAACAUACCGUAGCUCUCUCCACCAAUGCUUCGUUGACACAGGCCAUCCGGCCAGCCACAGCUGCUGCCGUGCUUAUGGCUUCAGCGACGGGCCUUGCAACAGCGGACUGCCCUUAAGAUCCUGUGUGAUCCCCCUUUAUGAGAUCGAAUGUGCCUUUCGCCCACCUCUUCUUUGGAUCGACUUGGCCUUCUCAGAAAGUAUACUUAGUUUUCAGAUCCCCACGGUGCGCAAUACUACUGCAGAGUCGAGUUUUGCAUAUCCGAUCUGUUCUCACGCCGUCUCGAGUUUCUUAGACAAGGUUGAACGUGCGACGACAAACACGAUGACGCCCUGGAACACCGGUGCCCUCCACUACUUCACGACCCCUUCGUUUGGGACCUCGUCCAGCUCUCUGAAGGAGAACUCCUCGUUCAACAGCAAGUCAGGCGCAUCCAAGCACAGCAGCAGUAGCAGCAAGGCGAAGAUCAUCGCCAUAGUCGUUGCAGCCGUCGCCGCGGCGAUCCUGAUCUUGGCGGCCAUCUGCAUCAUUCGAUGCUGCUAUAGACGGCGCACCCGCAGGCUCGCGCAGCGGCGCGCCCCAGCGAUGAGCGGAGGCUUCAUGAGCCGCGGAUGGCAGAAGGUCGACGGCGACGAGAAACUUGGUGACGAGGACUUCUCCAACAUGCCUUACGACGCCAGAGACAGGCUCGUGUCGAACAACGUGCCUGUGUACAACGAACGCGGAAUGGCGUACGAGCCCUACAGACCGCAUGGCAAAGCGGAGGCGGAAGCGGAAGCGGAAGCAGAAACCAAAGUCAAGGAGGCACACUGAAGUGCAUAUGGUAACUGUCAAGAGCAUCCAUGUCACUCACCCCAAUGACCAUUCUUCCACGAACGAUGCUCAAUACGCAAAUUUUUCUUCGGUGUGACUUGUCGAGCUAUGGCAAGAUACGGGUUUUUAUUUCCUUUUUUCGCUUUUCUUGGCAAGGGGGAAUUGGGAGUUCGCUCGUUGGAGUAGUUGGAUUUCAAAUAAGGGCCGGAAAGUACUUGUUUCUAUUAAUACAUCGAGAGACUGACUAUCGAA